CGCCUGGUAGAGAGAGUGUACACAAUAGAUUAGAUGUAGUGCGGCGACGCUUUGAUCGAAAUACAAGGUGAAUUUACAGUGUAAAAUACCGGCUAAAAACACAAAUGGAUCACUGGAACAAGGCACAUAAAGAACAGCAACAAAAAUACAGGACAGGAAUGGAAAACUAUCUACAUGCGGACUAUGACUACCACCACGCGAUGGCACAACACGCGGCCGUGGUGUCAGCCGCUAGCAGCGGGCAGCUGCACCCGGCCAUGGCCCAGCUUCCUAUGCUGCCCACUGGGUUGAACCUGUCGAUGAGUUCGGCCGCCAACCAGAUGGCCGCCGCCGUGUCGGGACUGCCGAUGGGCAGUCUGUCCAACAGCGCAGCUGCUGCUGCUGCUGCCUCCCUGCAUCACCACCACCAUCACCAGGGUGCAGGGGCGGGCAUGCUGCAGGUACGCCAGGGUGCGCACCAGCAAGGCGGUGGUCAUCACCACCACACCCAUGGGGUUGGGGUGGGAGGCGGUGGGGGCAACCCCUACAUGGGGCACAUGGGGGCCGGGGGAAAGCUCAAGCACAAGAAGCCCAAGGUGAACAAAGACGGCGUGCCGGCCCCCAAACGUGCCACUACGGCCUACAUCACUUUUACCCAGUGGUACCGGGAAGAGAUGAAAAAGUCGGGGAGGCAGAUUCCGCGGAUUGGAGAUUUUGGCAAAGAGUGUGCUGGAAAGUGGAAUACAAUGUCAGAUGAGGACAAGCAGCCUUUCCUCAGCGCAGCAGCCAGAGACAGGGAGCGGUACAAACGUGAAAUGGCUGUGUACAAACCAGCGAGAGACGUAAACAAGCCAAAACGUCCUGGUACAGCGUUUAUGCUUUUCAUGGCAGAUUUCCGAAAGGAAAUGGCAGGAAAAGAACCAGAGGGAGGUGUUGCAGCUCUAGCUAAACUUGGUGGUGAGAGGUGGAGGUCGAUGACUGAAGAAGACAAGCGACCGUACGUUGAACGACAAAACGAGGAAAAGAUGAAGUAUGAGCAGAACAUGGAGGAAUAUCGAAGAAAGACUCCUUCUGAUCCAUGUGGCAGCAGCUGGGUCGAUACAAAGACAUGGGAGCUUAUACAGAAGAUGAGAAUGAAAAAUGCGCAAACAGCAGAGAGCCAAGCUGCCAAGCUGCAACAACAGCAAGAGGAGCAGCAGCAGCAGCAACAACAACAACAACAACGGCAGCAGCAGUCGAAUGCACCGAACCACGACAGCGUGGACUCUGACAGCGGAGACACUUUCCACGGCAAUCAAAGCCACUCGAACCCGCCUUCCGGAGGAUCCACGCCCAGCCCGGGCGGCGGAGGUGGCGCCACCACACAUUCCGAGCACACUGACGAGUCUCAAGGGGCCACCCCUUCCUCCUCGUCCCAGCAGCAGGGUGGCGGGGGCGGGGGCCCACUGCCGUCUCUGGGCUCCCCUCUCUCCCUGCCUCACCCACUUGCAUCUCUUGGAUACCAACACUCCCUGGCAAGUUUUGGCAUCACUUCGGGCGGAUUCGGGAGCAGCGCGCACAACGCAGCGUCGACAGCGGCGUCCCACUAUCUUCCCGGGAGCCCUGCCACCUACUCACAGGCCCACUUGCCUGGGCCGUACAGCUGGACCUGAGAAGGCUUCCGUGGUGCCCGCGCUGCCACUUGCCAGGUUCAUCCUGUUGGUUCAGUUUGGGAGAGCCAUAUGCAAAGCAAUCUCUUUGCCUCUUAGUGUCAUCCGUGUUUGUUCAGAGUCCUGGUGCAGAGGACAAUUUUAGGGGGAGGGGAUCGGUUGUCAAAGUGUGUGGUUGUUCGCCCCCCCUCCUUUCUUUCAUUCCCUGGUUCAGAAAUAAGGCUUUACCUUGUUUCGAAGCUGCUAGACGAAGGGACCCGACUUUGGCUCUUGGUUGCUCCCCCCCUCCCCAGUUUUACCAACAUUAUUGCAGUUGUACUUGGAAAACAAAGUGACUGCGUUUAAUAAUCUGGUCUCAUUUUGAAGUAGGUCUCUAUUGAGCAGUUAUUUUAUUUUUUACCCUAUCUCUCUUUUAAGGAAUUUUGUGACAUCUCCCAUUUUUUAUUGCACCACGUAGCUGAAACCAAGACGCACGAGGAUCAUGUCGUCCAAGAUCAACUUCAGCAGGGCGGCAGCUGUUGAACAGGCACAGUUCAUUCCUUGUCUUCUGUUUGCAAAAGCUGCUUCCUAUAAAGUUUCCUAAGUACAAUCACUACUCUCCCAAUCUCGCUUCGUGGAAUUGUUUCAAAAGUUCCAGUACGAGAAACUGUUUUGUUUUUUUUUUCUUUCUUCUGGAAGCGGUAAUGGUGCAGGCAAUAAUAGUAUCCGGUACACCCUGUCAUUAGAAACGAAGAAGGCAGCGAGGAGGUCUGUUCUUUUCUUUUUUUAAAAACAAAGCAGUUUAUUCCAGAGAUGCCAAGUUCUGACUGUUCUUCCCAGUUCCCACGGUGAGGGUGAACUUUGGUAGCUAGCAAGUGUUCACACGUAUCUUUGCUGUUAGAGUGGUCUAUAUUUGCUUUGCUUGCGUUUAGAGCAUUUCGGGGCAGAAUCUAGCGUUAGCUUGCAGCUUUCAUUCAGUACAGAGCAUCUGCCACCCGACGAAAAAGCUAUGGGAGUAUUUUUUUCCAUGCACGUGUUCGCCCAGAAUUGUUCAUGGAACGGGACCGCACACCAAGAUCUCUUUUGUACAGCUUCCUUUUGUGGUAGCAGUUUUCUGAUGCACGUCUCCGAACUUUGUCACAGUCUCUCUGUGUAAUCAGCGAAGAAUCUGCUUAAACUCUCCUAGAAGCAUCUGCUCUGCUUUGCUGCUGGCACAAAAAAAAGACAAACCGCUUUGACAGAAAAAAAAAAAGAAAAAAAACACUCGGCGUUAUAUGCUACAAAAGAUAUUACGUUUUCCUUCCUUCGUAUUUCUGUGCUGCCGACGGAUGCAAAUGCCGCCAUGGUGAAACCGCAUUAGCCAAACCUGCUGCCAUCGUCUGCAGAGAACACUUUUCUCGAUAUUGCACAGUGAAGUGAUGAAACUCGAUAUCAAGUGCCACAACUGGAAGUGACUCUGCCAUUUGGUUCUGUGACAGCAUCUAAGAGUCUAGAAAGAGCUGUGUUUCUGAGUGACUGUUUCAGCCUGACUGCAUUGAAGCACAAGAAAGCUCUUCGAAGAUGUGUGUCUCUGUGUGUUCAAGAAAGUGAGUGCUGUGUUACUUGUCUAGAUUCAUUGUAAAAAGGCUAAGUUUGUAAAUUAGGAGAUUUGAUCUGAGCCCUCCCCCCCCCCCCCACUUUUUUGACACCCUUUUUUUAAUGCCUUUGCUAUGAGGCUGUAUUUGUUUUGUUUUACUGUUUUUACAUUGUUGUUUUUUAUGCCCUCAGAAUUUUCAUACAUACCCACAGCCCAUAAUGCAUCGUUCUGUUAAGAUUCUCAUGCAUUUCAUCAUGUGCAUUUAACUUAUUUUGCACAUCCCAUUAUAUUGGCAUGCUCAGAAUUUUUACAAAAAAAAAAAAGUUACAGCAGUUCGUUUUUUGUUGUGGACGUGUUACUUAUGUGGGAUACUUCUCUACGUUUACUCCAGAGUACUGUGCUUUUUAAGCUGGCCAGCAACAUUGAAAGGGGACGCACGAGAACAACAUAUGGUCGGACGUGCGUAGUAGAGAGUGAAUCGUAUAUUUGCAAUUCAGGUGUACAACCCAGAUUGUCUUGUACAAUAAUCAGUAUUCUCCCAGUGCAUUGUUCAUGUGCCGUGAUUUCAGUCUUGCUAGGAGGGGCACUGCAGGUUGGGACUCGUUGACAGAUUCUGCAGUGUGGCACUCGAGUAUUGUAUGCGUUUUCUCGACCGACCCUAAGGGUGUCUUUGGCUUGAUGCGUUGCCACUGUUUUACUCUCACGGCAGCCUUAUACUCAGCGCAACAAUCAGGAGGGUGUGGCAGUAGUGCAUGUGGACAUGGCACAAGUGUGGCUUCAGAUAAAAUACCAUGCUCGUGACACUGCGUGUGUGUGUGUUGGUAUUUGAUCGCAGACAAAUACUCAGACCCUUUUCAUUUUUAUUGAAUAUGCUCAUGGAAUGUAAUAAGACAACUUCUGUGAACUUUCAUGGCCCGAGGUUGCAAGAGAGAGAGAGUGAAACGCACACUGAACAGUAUUCGUGACCAUUUUUUAGGACUUUGGUGUGUAGUAAGACCGCACAUCCUUUUGCAAUGUCAGGGUUUGUCAUUUGCAAUUCUGUCACUGGAAGUCUGCAAAAAAAAAAGAACUAAAACUGAAAAAUGAGACAUCGGAGUAUGGUCAUGUGUUAUCGAGAACACGAAAACAAAAGCACCAUCAUUCAUUGCUAAGAAAGGAAAGAUGUGAUAGGUUUUUUUUCCUUUGUUUUAGCAUUUUGGUUUGUAUUGUUCUGAGACCUGAAUUCCAUGUCUCCGAAAAUCUUGACAAAUAAAGUGACUUAAAGAAUUUUCCA